AAAAUUUUGCAACACUGAUCAAGGGAGGGGAAGUCGGCGGAAGAGUGAAUUACUCGUUGCCUCCUGCUUCCUAUAUAAAAUAUUUCUAUUUAAUUUUUUCAUUUUCCACUUUUUAUUCAUUUAUUAAUAUACUUUGUGUCUAAUGGCCUCCUCACUUCUUCGCCGGAGAUUCUCACCGCCGGGAUUUUCACCUCUCCAAUACGAAACAAUUAAACCCUGUUGGCUGUACAGUGGGAUAGAUAUCAGUCCUUUUACUUUGUCAAGGAAUUUCAGCAGUUCAAGUUCUUCAACAAAGUUUGACUACACUGACCUAACACGACCUGACACAUGGUAUCCAAAUGCUCGAAGGAAAAAGAGAAAUGUCAUUCUUCAUGUGGGCCCCACAAAUAGUGGCAAAACAUAUAAUGCUUUAAAGCGUUUGGAGUGUAGUUCUUCUGGCAUCUAUUGUGGUCCUUUAAGAUUACUAGCUUGGGAGGUGGCAAAACGAUUGAACAAGGCAAAAGUUCCUUGUGAUCUUAUUACUGGACAAGAGAAAGACCUGGUUGCUGGUGCGAAGCAUAAAGCUGUGACUGUAGAAAUGGCUGAUGUGACCUCAGACUUUAAAUGUGCAGUUAUUGAUGAAAUUCAGAUGAUAGGCUGUACAAUUAGAGGUUCUUCAUUUACACGAGCUCUAUUAGGACUUCCUGCCGACGAACUUCACCUAUGCGGAGAUGCUGCUGCUGUUCCUCUUGUCCAGGAACUACUUAAGGUGACUGGUGACAAUGUCAAGGUAGAACACUAUGAGAGACUUUCACCUUUGGUUCCGCUGAAUGUUCCACUUGGAUCCUUCUCCAACAUAAGAACUGGUGAUUGCAUUGUAACCUUUUCACGCCGCGAGAUAUACAAUUUGAAGAAAGAAAUCGAAAGCAGUGGAAAGCAUCUCUGCUCUGUAGUUUACGGUUCACUCCCGCCAUUGACUCGGACAAAGCAGGCAACAAGGUUCAAUGAUGCAAGCAGUGACUUUGAUGUUCUUGUAGCAAGUGAUGCCAUUGGGAUGGGUCUCAAUCUUAACAUUUCUAGAAUCAUUUUUUCUACCAUGAAGAAAUUUGAUGGCACUGAAAAGCGAGAACUAACUGUUUCGGAGAUUAAACAAAUUGCAGGAAGAGCUGGGAGAUAUGGAUCCCGUUUUCCAGUUGGUGAAGUCACCUGUUUAGAUUCACAUGACCUACCAUUGCUCCAUUCAUCCCUAAAUGCCCCAUCUCCAAUUCUAAAGCGUGCUGGAUUAUUUCCCAAUUACGAUCUUCUAUACAUGUACUCUCGCCUGAAUCUGAAAAGUGGCCUUUACCAGAUACUGGAACAUUUUCUUGAAAAUGCCAAGUUGUCUGCAAACUAUUUUAUAACCGACUCUGAAGAAUUAUUGAGAGCUGCGGCCGUUAUUGAUGAACUGCCCCUUGGGUUGCAGGAAAAAUACCUUUUCUGCAUCAGUCCAGUUGACAUGUGUGAUGAUAUAUCUUCACAGGGUCUCACUCAAUUUGCCCAAAGUUAUUCAAAAAAUGGUUUGGUUCGCCUUAAGGAAAUCUUUACCCCUGGGAUGCUUCAAGUGCCAAAGACACCGAAGGCACUCAAGGAGCUUGAGUCUAUUCACAAGGUUUUGGAUCUCUAUGUGUGGUUGAGUUAUCGAUUGGAAGAGUCUUUCCCGGAUCGUGAGCUUGCGGCUUCACAGAAGGACAUGUGCAGCUUAUUAAUCGAGGAGUUUUUGGAACGAUUUGGGUGGCAAAAACCAAUGGCAAAGAAACUACACAGUAAUGGCAGAAAACACCUAUUGUCCCAGAUGUUCAAGUAAUUUCGUGGAUGCUAUCAUAGUGUGUUGAAGAUCUUAUUUCCUCUGUGCCAUGUACAAAGAGUUUCACUUUGACCUAUAAGGAUCUUUUGCAAAAUUCUAAGAUUGAAUUUCGACGUAGAUUCUUCUGAUAUAGUGGACAUUGUACUGCAUCCUGCCUUAAGGUUAAUUACAGCAGUUAUUAUAAAGGGUUUAGAAUCAAGGGUUUAACUUACUUUAUAAGCACAAACACCAAUUCUAAGUUUUAGAAUGUUGUAAAUUGAUCAAGUCAAAGUGAGACUCUUUGUGUAAACUGAGGGAUGAAGUUCUUUCCUGCCAUCUGCGUUAGAAGACUCUAGAGUAGUGAAUAUACGAUGACAAAGCUUGUAGAUUACCCAACAGGCAACCAAAAUACCUCUUGAGUUCUACAGCGAGACAAUAUUUUCUGGUAAUCUAAUGUUUUGAUCCAAUUGUUUAUAUAGCCGUGAUCAGUUUGUUCCUAAUUAUGUAUUUUCUGUUCAUUUUUUCCCUCGACAGAACUGAUUUUUUAAUUCAUGUUCUAGUAUAAUGUGAAACUAGAUUGUUACCGA